AUGCCCAUCCCAACUGAAGUUGUAGGGUCUCUUCCCCGUCCAGAGAAACUACAAGCUGUCUUCGCUGCUUGUGAUAAAGGAGAAGCAAGCAUCGAGCAACUUCAAAAGGCUCAAGAUGAGGCCUGCAAAGAGUCUAUCGAGCUUAUGGAGGCAGCCGGUCAGUCAAUGGUGACUGACGGAGAGCAGCGUGCUAGUAGUUUUGCUACAUAUCCUCUCACCGACACCUUAGGUGGCACUGGUCUUGCAGAUACUCUGGCUGCUGAUGGGCAGUAUUUUGCUAUCUUUGAAGAUGGGCACCACCGUCAGCUUCCUCGACUGGUUAAGGGUCCCUUCCGCUACAAGAACUAUGCAGCGGAUUACCUAAAGAAGUCGCUUGCCUAUGCCAAAAACCCCAUGAAGCAAGCUGUGAUUGCACCGAGCAUGUUAAGUCUUUUGUACCCGCUUGAUCAGGAUUUGCCAGGUUAUUCUAGAGAAGAUUUCCUCUCAGACCUGGUCGAUGAAUGUGAGAAGGAUAUCAGGAAGUGCUUCGAAGCUGGCGCUCAAAGAGUUUCCGUUGAUUUCACUGAAGGACGUCUUGCAUUGAGAAACGAUCCCAGGAAUCCCUGGACUGGUCGGAAUAUGCUCGAAUCUUUCAUCAAACUCAACAACCGCGUUUUCGAUCGCUUUUCUGCGGAGGAGCGCAAGAAUAUUGGUGUCCACACGUGUCCAGGUGGGGAUUGUGACUCGGUUCACAGUAUCGAUGUUGACUACAGUGAACUCUUGCCCAGUAUGUUCCAGAUGAACGCGGGCUACUUCCUGGUUCAGAUUGCCAGCGAGACGGAUAGGGAAAAGGUCUAUAAACUGUGCGGAGAACAUUCUAGAGAGGACGCAAAUGGCGUUCCACAGGUUGUCUUUGUUGGUGUGAUCAAUCCGCUAUCGCCGCGCGUCGAGACUGCAGAGGAUGUCUGUGAGUCCUUGAUGACAGCUUCAAAAUACAUUCCACCGCACAGGCUUGGUGCCACAGAUGAUUGUGGGUUCAGCCCGUUUAGCAUCGACGUGAAACCCAAGCAUGGUGGACCAGACAUUGCGAGAGAUGUGGCGUUUAAGAAGAUCAAGGCGAGAAUUGAGGGCGCGAAGCUGGCAAGUGAAAGGCUCGGAAUUUGA